CCUGACCAAAACAUAUUAAGGUUUUGCGAUUUAGGGUUUUUUCUUUAGUUCCUCUCUGUCUCUUGCGCCUUCAGAUUUUUCUCUCUGAGAUUUGUUAAAGAGGAGGAGAUUGUGAAGAAAAGAUGGUUGAAAAGACCAAGAGCAGAAAGGAGGAGGUUGUUACUAGGGAAUACACCGUCAAUCUUCACAAACGCCUUCAUGGAGUCACCUUCAAGAAGAUGGCACCAAAGGCCAUAAAGGAGAUUAGGAAGUUUGCCCAGAACGCCAUGGGGACAAAGGAUGUUAGAGUAGACGUCAAGUUGAACAAACACAUCUGGAGCAAGGGUAUCCGCAGUGUCCCAAGAAGAGUUAGGGUUCGCAUUGCUCGCAAGAGAAAUGAUGAUGAAGAUGCCAAGGAAGAGCUCUACUCACUCGUCACUGUAGCAGAAAUUCCCGCGGAAGGUCUCAAAGGUUUGGGUACUAAGGUCGUUGAAGAAGCUGAUGAUUAGACUUUUCAUUGAGAUACCAGUGUUUAUUUUGUCUAGCUAUUAGUAUAACUGGAAGGAAGUUUUGGGAAUAUUAAGAUUUUAGUUCUUUCAGAUUGAUUUUCAUUUUGGAUUGAAUUCUUAGUUUCAAGCUUGUAGCAAGACGACGCUUCUUUUCUUCCCUAUCGUUAACUAUGUGGUUUGCAGUUAUAAUGUCAACCAUAGAAACUGUAUUUGUCAAGUAAGAUCAAGAUUACAGUC